AUGCGGUUGUCGACCUGGACUGACAACGGAAAUAAAAGCCUUGAUACCGCCCGCCCGCCAAGUGCCGCCCCCUCGCGGACAGCCACCUUCAGCAUCGACUUUGCCAUGCCGGCAUCGGACGAGCCAGACGACAGCCUCGGCACGCUCUGCCGGAUUCACGAGCAGGCCAUCGACAGCGUGCUCCCGCCCGAGGACGACGAGCGGCAAGGUGUUGACUCCUGGAACAGCGGCAGCAGUCUCGUGUCGCCGCCGGCGUCGUCGUCACCGUCAUCCUCUGGGCCGGCAUCGCGGCCACCGCCGGCAUCAGUAGACAUGGUGAGUCUGGAUGGGAAACCGCAGUUCAACCUGGCGUCGGCGGAGUCGCUCCUCUGCGAUUUCAGAUCCAUGCUCGUACACUUCCCGUGCAUUGUGCUGGGGGCGGACGAGGGGGUCAAGCAUCUCGCGGCCGCGAGACCCUUUGUCCUGCUUGCCAUCCUAGCUACGACGUCUGGUUCGAGGUCCCUGAGGGGUCAUGACCUGUAUGAUGCCGAGUACCGCAAAGUCCUGGGUCUCAAGUUCGUCGCUGGUGCCGAUAUAGUCCGCGAUCUAGAGUUGGACUCAGCACUACUCCCCCGAGACGCUUCAGACUCUCAGGCCGAGGGAAUCACAAGACGUCAACUCGAUGGGGUCAGAGCCUACACAGGUCACUGCCAUAUCUCUGCCGCCCUGACAUCUGGCUGGCGCAAGUACACGCACCUAGCAGCCAGCUUCACACCGUGGACAAUGACGUGCUGCGACAUCCUGGAGGAUGCUAGUGGUAAGAACGGAACCGAGACAGACCUGGUGCUGGCCAUCCUGGUCCGACAGUCGAGUAUAGCCGUCGAGGCGUCCAUUGCCAUACACGACGGGAGACCGGAGCACCAGCAGACACGGCAUCUCGUCCUGAUGGGGUUGGAGACGCAGGCUUGUGAGUUGGACGGUGAUCUUCCGGUUAAUAUUGCAGGAGAAGUCCCCAUAAGACUGGGAUCCCUCUUUGUGGAAUCCUACAUCCAAGGCGGCGCAAUCCUCUCCUCGACUGCCACGGCAUUACAGACACCCCCACGACUCUCGUCCUGCGUCACCCCGCUGUCCAGACUCCUGUCCGAAGUAUCAUCCCUGCCACCUUCUACUUUCCCCCGCCUCACCGUCGCCGGUUGGGCCUACGUUGUCAUGGGUAUAGUCAUGGCUUUCCGUCUGUCUCUCCCGCCGUCGCCCGUAGCCCUCCCUUGCGACAGCGGAUCCUGCUUCCCCUUCUUCGAUCAUCGCCGGGCCAGGAAGGAGCUGGGCCUAGCCGAGUUCUUGCAUGCCAUGACGACUGGCAGUGGCGACCAUGAUGGAAAUGACAACGUCCUCUCGGCUACUCGCGUCAUUCUCAAAGUUGUCAAGGCGAAAUUCGACAGGAGGGUGCAGGCUGCUGACGUGCAGGAUGCUGCUGCCGCUCCUGCAGCUGUGCCAUCGACGUGUCCUAUGCUCGAUGGGAGUCUGGAUUCUUACCUGGGACUGUGGGAUCCUUUGUUGACCAUGCCGUCGAUCAUGCCGUCGACCAUGCCGUCGGACCAUCAUGCGUUCGCUUCUGCCUCCGGGACUUCAUCCUCUGGCAAGGACGGUGGCAGCAAACAAGCCGUCUUUCAUGACAUAUGGGCUACAAUGACAAUGGGGUGGACGAGAGACAAUGCAAUGUGA